AUGGAGUUCAAAAAUACACCCCUCUAUGGUGGCGCAAUCACCAUGGAUCUCCCCUCCAACUUUGCCGAUGCAUCCAACAUUCGCCAAAUCCCCGACCACCAAGAAGUCUACCUCGACACCAAUGGCUACACGAGCAUUGUCGUCGAGAUACUCGAGUACGUCGACAAGCCCAGUGAUGACGAGGCGCUGCAAUAUCACUUUGCGGAUCUCGUCGAUGGAACAGGCGACGCAACGAGCGUGAUUGCGCAGGAGAAGGUGUGCAUGAAGCUGAUGCCUCCUGAACUCCCCGCCCUGGGCUUGUCAUUCAUCCAAACGCCCCCGUCGCCAACAUCAACUUCAUCGCCCCCACGGCCAAACCGCAAAACGCCAGAGUAUACGUAUAUUCAGCUUGUUCUUCUCAGACUCAAAGAACAAGGUACUGAUCUCAUGAUAAGCAUCAAUACGCCACACUACCCAGGCGAAUAUGCAGCGCCAGCCCAGCCAGGUGCCGAGACUCCGCUUAUGCUUGAUUCCAAUGGCAUCAGGGCGAAGGUGCUGGAGAGUUUCCAAGUCAACGAGUGGGGCUUGUUUGAGGGAUAGGUGUUUGAUGCACGAGAAAUAUGGGUAGCGAUAGGGCAGUCAGGUUGGGCAGAUUGGUUGAGUUGGGCCUUUAGCAAUCAUGGUAGAAGUGUAAGUAGUGCAUUUAGUUCGUGCAAUUGAAGUAAGGUAGAGACGCAAGAAAACAAGUAUCAGCCAGAUAAUCAAGUAGCUUCUAUGUACGCAAUCACACUGCCAUAUUUG